CGCCGGCCCCCGGCCGCCGGCGGCCCGGCCAUGCCCGCGCCCCGCCGGCUCUGAGCGCGGCCGGGCGAUGGAGGCGGCGGCGCUGGCGCGGGAGGGCGGCGGCCAGGGCCCCCCGCCCCACGAGCCCAUCAGCUUCGGCAUCGACCAGAUCCUCGGCGGCCCCGAGCCCGCGGGCGGCGGCGGCGGGGGCCCGGCCCGGGCGGCGGGGGAGCCCGACUACGGGCUCUACGGCGGCGGCUACGGCCCCGCCUGCUCGCUCGGCUCCUACAACCUCAACAUGAGCAUGAACGUGAGCGUCAACGUGACCCCCGCGCCCGCCGCGCCGCCCGCCGGGGUCAUCCGCGUCCCGGCGCACCGGCCCGCGCCCGCCGCGCCGCCCGCCGCGCCGCCGCCGGUGCCCGGGCUCUCGGGGCUCACCUUCCCUUGGAUGGAGACGACGCGCCGCAUCGCCAAGGACCGGCUCUCAGCUGCGCUGUCGCCCUUCGCGGCGACCCGCCGGAUCGGGCACCCCUACCAGAACCGCACGCCGCCCAAGCGGAAGAAGCCGCGCACCUCCUUCAGCCGGGUGCAGAUCUGCGAGCUGGAGAAGCGCUUCCACCGCCAGAAGUACCUGGCCUCGGCCGAGCGCGCCACCCUGGCCAAGGCCCUCAAGAUGACGGACGCCCAGGUCAAGACCUGGUUCCAGAACCGCCGCACCAAGUGGAGGAGGCAGACGGCGGAGGAGCGCGAGGCAGAGCGCCAGCAGGCCAACCGCCUGAUGCUGCACCUGCAGCAGGAGGCCUUCCAGAAGAGCCUGAGCCAGCCGCUGCCCCAGGACCCGCUCUGCAUGCACAACUCCUCCCUCUACGCCCUGCAGAACCUGCAGCCCUGGGCUGAGGACAACAAGGUGACGUCUGUCUCAGGGGUGGCCUCUGUGGUGUGAGGUCC